AAAUCGUAUAUAAAUUGGGACAGCAGUCUUGCAAGUUUUUAGUCUUUUUAUAAACAUUCAACAUAAAGCACGUACAAAAAUGUCAGCUGAUAUUGAUAACUAUAAUGCCGAUGAGUUGGUAGCACCUGAAUGGCUAAAUGAACACUUCUUUAAAGACGUUCUAACGCAUGAUCAUAAUGAUCCUAACGUGAAAGUGAUAGACUUUAAAAUAUCUCCAGCAACUGCUAAAGGAGAUCAUUAUGCGAGUAUUAUGUUUCGAGCAGAGAUUGAGUAUUCAAUAGGUGAUGAAAAGCUUUCGAAACCAAUCAUCAUCAAAACAAUGCCCGAGCAAGAAGGUCACAAGAAAGAGUUUCUCGGCGAGGCGAAAUUCUUCCCAACUGAAAUUGCAAUGUACACAGAAGUGUUACCAAAAUUGGAGGCAAUUCUACGCGAGGCUGGCGACGAGACAAGUUUAUGUGCCAAGUGCAUAUAUCACACGCUUGAACCGCGCCAGGUGAUGGUCUUCGAAGAUCUGGUGCCUCAGGGUUACUCGGUUGUGCGGAAGAGAGUAGCUAACUUGGAGGAGAUCAAAGCUGCAAUUGCGAAGCUGGCCAAAUGGCAUGCAGUUAGUUUCAAGUUGCUCAAGGAAGAUCCUACAGUGUUCGAUAAAAUGAAGUAUGAUUUGACUGAAGUUCCCAACUACCUCGAACAGGAUUUCAUGAAGACUAGCCUACCAAACCUAAUCAAGUCACUUGGAAAGAAUGAUAAGCUAAAAGGUUAUCUCAAAUAUCUGGAGCCAUUAACAGAGACUCUUUUGAGCCGCUGGGUUGAAAUCAUACGUGAAUACAGAGAGAAUCGCCAAGAAGAUGCUUACUAUGUUUUAUGCCACGGCGAUUUUCAUCUAAAGAAUAUGAUGUUUAAGGGAACCGAAUGCAUGCUCUUGGACUUCCAAAUAUCCUAUGUAGGAUCUAUGACAAAUGAUUUAUUGUAUGCCAUGUAUUUAUUCUAUGGCCCCGAAGAGCGUCGAGACAGAUAUGACGAGCUUAUUUAUUUUUACUUCACUAAUUUAACAAACACUUUAAAAACUAUUGGCUAUCAAGGAAAGUUGCCAAGCUUAGUUGAGUUUCGAAAGCAAUUAUUCGAAAGGAGACAUCAUGAAAUUUUUUUGAUGUCAAUAUUCUUGCCUGGAUUUAAUUGCAUGAGAAAAGGCCAAGAUCCUGGAGAGUUGAUGACGGACCCUACAAAAUUGGCUCAAAUGUUUGAUGAUAAAGACUUUCAUGAAGAAUUAGAAUAUCUGCUACCUCGUAUGCUUCAUUUAGGCUACUUUGAGCAGCUUGAAUGAAUGUAUUACUCUUAUCUUUAUCUAUAAUACAAGCGUUCAAAAUCAAUAAAAAUAUUGGGACGUAGUUUCAUUUCUGUGAUUAUGCUUUGUCAUAU